AUGGAUUCAGAACCAAUAACUCCAACAAGUUCUCUGGCAAAUCUUUAUAAUGCUUCUUCUAUGCCAAUUUAUCAAACUGCUACCUUUAAACAAACAUCUACAACACAAAUGGGUGAAUUUGAUUAUACUCGUAGUGGUAAUCCAACACGCACACAUUUAGCAAAAAGAGCAUUUGUAGUAAGUAGUGGUAUGAGUGCGUUAGACGUUAUUUCUCGUUUAGUCAAGGCUGGCGAGGAAAUUAUUGCAGGAGAUGAUAUAUAUGGGGGUACAAAUCGUCUCUUGGUAUUUCUUCAUAAACAUUAUGACAUUAAAACUCAUCAUGUUGAUACAACAAAUACGGAUUCUAUUUUACCAUAUUUGCAUCCAACCAAGACCCGACUUAUUCUUUUAGAAUCACCUACAAAUCCAUUACUUAAAAUAUCUGACAUACCAAAAAUUGCUUCAAUUGUACAUGAACGUUGCCCGAAUGCUCUAAUAGUAGUAGAUAACACUAUGAUGUCCCCGUAUCUUCAACGACCCUUGGAAUUUGACGCUGAUAUUGUAAUACAUUCCGGCACAAAAUAUCUCAGUGGUCAUCAUGAUUUAAUGGCUGGUGUAAUUGGCGUUAAAGAUGAAACUCUUGCUGAGAAAAUAUACUUCACCAUUAAUGCAACUGGGUGUGGUUUAGCACCUUUUGAUUCAUGGCUAUUGUUACGUGGUAUCAAGACAUUGGCGGUUCGUAUGGAUAAACAACAAUCAAACGCCAUACAAAUAGCAAAUUUUCUCGAGUAUAAAGGAUUCAAAGUCAAAUAUCCUGGACUGAGAUCACAUCAACAAUUCGAUCUACACCACACAAUGGCUACCGGUCCAGGUGCUGUGUUGAGUUUUUUAACUGGUGAUGUAAAAACUAGCGAACAAAUCGUCGAGUCUACAAAGUUGUGGGCUAUUAGCGUUAAUUUAUAUAAUGCGUUAGUUAUAGCCAAAGCAGUUGAUGUAGUAAUAUCAGAAAGUGGGAUUGUAAAUUAUAACAAUAACAAUAAUACAUUUUUAAAAAAUGAAGAAGAGGAAACAAUAGAUUUAAAUAAAUAA